AUGGGUACGGAUGUGAGCGCCAUAGACUGCUGCGAGGACCGCCACAAGUUCAGCCGUCUCUGCGAUGAGCUGCGCAUCGAUCAGCCAGCAUGGAGCGAGUUCACUAGCUUUCAAGCAGCACAGGAAUUCAGUAGAAAGGUGGGGUUCCCCGUGCUGGUGCGGCCUUCGUAUGUGUUGAGUGGAGCGGCUAUGCGGGUCGUUAUGAACGACCAGCAACUCAAGGAAUUCCUGCAGGUCGCUGCGGUUGUCUCUGGCGACAGCCCCGUGGUUAUAUCGAAGUUCAUCAGCAACGCAAAAGAGGUUGAGUUUGAUAGCGUCGCCAACAACGGAGAAAUCCUCAACUAUGCCAUCAGUGAACACGUCGAGAACGCGGGGACCCACUCUGGCGACGCCACUUUAAUCCUCCCGGCGCAGAAGCUCUACGUAGAGACCAUCAGGUCAGCAGCAGCAGCAGCAGCAGCAGCAGCAGUAGCAGCAGCAGCAGCAGCAGUAGCAGCAGCAGCAGUAGCAGCAGCAGCAGCAGCAGCAGUAGCAGCAGCAGCAGCAGCAGCAGCAGCAGCAGCAGCAGCAGCAGCAAGAGUAGAAAUAGCAGCAGAAAGGGUUUUGUGUGGCUCUGCUCAGGCGGGUUCAGAAGAUAGCACAGAGGCUCGCUAG